AAUUAAAUUACGGGUUUGAAGUUGAAAAAAGUAAUUAAAAUUCGAUACUCUUGAGGCAAGAAAUUAAAUCAAUUAACCCCAAUCAAUUGAAGUAGUAGUAUACUUCAAUUCAAUCUUUAUGAUUCUCUCUCUUUCUCUCUCACAGUCCUUUCUCACUCAUAAUUAAAUUAAGCCUUAAUGAAAAAUCUAUCUAUCUCCUCCUUUAAUUUUCUCUCUGUGUUCUUUCUUGUAUAUAAAGGCCUAAGCUGAAGCAAUCCAACCACCAGUAGUAAUAAGAGAGAAGACUCUUCUUUGUGAUCCAAGUAACCAGUCUUUGAGAUCACAGGAACCCUCCUUCUCAAUCCGCAAGUUUCAAGAUGAGUCGAAGAAGUCCAAAGCUGGAACUGAAGUUGAAUCUUUCGCCUCCUACGUCAAGCCAAAGGAGGAUGGUUCGAUCUCCAAGCCGCUCUGCGACGACUUCACCGACAUCACCGCCAAGCUCGUGCGUCUCUUCGGAGAUGAACCAGGACGAGCCAUCUGUGAGAUACUCAACAAGUCCAGAGACAACCUCGAUGGUUCUUGUCGGAUGUCCUCGUUGUCUCAUGUACGUUAUGCUCUCAGAAGACGACCCUAAAUGCCCUAAAUGCAAAAGCACCGUUCUUCUUGAUUUCCUCCAUGAAAACGCCUCAAACGCAAACGCAGCCGCUGCUUCCUCUGGUCGCAAGACUCGAAGGAACUGAUUGAGGACCAGUAAAAUCAAAAUCCUGUCUUUUUUUUUUAUGUUAAGUUUUAUUUUAUUUAUUUUUCACUCUUUGUUUUUUCUGCGAAUGUAGCUGUUGUUUUAUGAGAGUAGUGCUAAUCACGCUCCACUCUAAAACCCCAAGAAGAGAAGGUAGGAGAUGAAAUUAGGGUUUCCCUAUUCAAGAAAAUUUCAAAAAGAGUGGAGCGCGAAUAGCACUAACUUUUCUCUUUCUUUACUCUUAACAUUUUUCUACCAUUUGAGUUCUCUAAUGGAAGAAGAAUUUUUAUAUAUAUGUGAAAACAUGUGUCAUUGUCUUCUACGUAUUCUACUCCAUCGAAUUUCUGAUA